AUUAUUUUGAUAUGACGCCCGAGCCAUUGACAAGCAACACCACCCAGUCCACACUAUGAGUUUGAAUCUUCCUUCGCGGCGCCUGCUAAGGUCUACUGCACCUCUUACAACAUCCCAUCCACCCAUCGCCUUCCUUAUCCCAUUAUACACCAAUCAACGAAGAUCACUAUGGGACAAUUUCUCAAAGCGUCUUGACAGUGCAAGGAGGAUGUUCUCGCCGGAUAAAGCCCCUAAGAAUCCUUUGACAGAAGAAUACCUCAAGAAAAAAUCUGAUGCGCAACGACAACAGGCCGAGCGGGGAGAUCUCGCAAAAUCGUCCAUCUUUGAAGAUGAAGAUUCAAGAGGUAAAGGAGACGAGGAAAACCAAGUCAUACCCAGAAACCCUGAAAUAAUGGCCAGAGCGCUCGAUCCAAACCCCAAUGCUACACUUCGAUGGAAAAGGAAGAUGGUCAUCCAGGAUGUUAAAAAACGAGGACGUUUGACGAAGGAACAAACAUUGAAGAGAACGGAAAGGGUGUUGUUGUCCAAGAGUCAUGAUUUCAAGACUUCAGUGAAGAAAUUGGUUCCUUUGGCCAAGCAAAUUGCGGGCAAGACAGUGGAAGAUGCGAUCAUUCAGAUGAGAUUCUCGAAGAAGAAGGUUGCCAAGGAUGUCAAAGAACAUCUAGAGCAUGCGAGGAACGAGGCCAUCUUAAAGAGGGGCAUGGGAUUAGGAAAGGUUGAAAGAAAAUCUACUGAAAAUUUCAAGACGCGAUACAUCGUCACAAAGGAUGGAAAGAGGGUCAAAGUGGAGGAUCCAACUACAUUAUAUGUUGAUGAAGCUUGGUGUGGAAAAGGAGAUUGGACUAGAAGUUAUGAUUUCAGAGCGAGAGGAAAUGUUAACAUUAUGAAGAACAGGACAACGAGUAUUUCACUCGUGUUGAAGGAAGAGAAAACUCGUAUUAGACUGCAUGAAGAACGAGAGGAGAAGCUAAAGAACAAGAAGGUCUGGGUUCAAUUACCAAAUAGACCUGUGACUGCCCAACGACAGUACUAUUCAUGGUAAUUUUGAUGUAUAAAUCACACCGAGCUGUAUUAUAUAAGAUUAUCAAAGAUCUCUUGAAAAUGCCAUUGAAGUACUGAAUAAAGAUUACUAGUGAUCAGAGAAUUUGGCGGUAGCGCCAUCAGAUUAUAAAUACAGUUUUACAACAACGCAU